CCACAGCACUGCAUAGCCAACAAACCCACAGCCCACGGCUCACAACCAUUCAUGAUGCCUUUGUCCACGGAAUGGCUUUGAGAUGUCUCUCCACCUCAUUAAGAGCCUGCAUCACAUCUGAUUCAGCCGCCGGCACGCCACCCAAGUACACACAUGGCUGCGACCCGCUCUUGAGACAACACACGCCACACGUCAGCAACUGAAGCGACAGUAUACGGGGCACAUGAGACACGGAGGGAUCUCCGGCUGUGCUCAAGCCACAACUCACCGCAGUGAGCAGGAGGGAGGUGGUGAGGAGGGGCGUCUCGUCCUCUUCGGAUUCGCUCGAGUCAGCAGAGGGAAGGGGCGCGAACAUAACACACACGGCCUGCAUUGACGAAGAGAUGGAGGCACACAGGCAGAUGGAUGUGGCAACGAGGGUGCAUCUGAUGGGCGGACCGACCUUUGUAAUGUGCGGCGAGAUGGAUUUGAUGGCCUGUGCCGGGCCCACUGCACCUGCAGCCUUCCGCAUAGCCCACAACAAACCCCCCUAAGGGAUGCAUACACACAGACAAACACCGAAAGAACCAUCGUGGACAAGCGGCCCAUGGGCAGAUUGAUUGUGUUGUGUGCGCCCACCUUGCCGGAUUGGCCGCUCUCGCCUUGCCGUGCCUCUGUCGGCUCGCCCGUCUCUUUGGGGCUCGCCUUAGCCAGUGGGGCAAGGAACAGCGGCACAUCUGGCAGGUCAGUCUGCGCAAGAGUGCAAGAACAAGACACAGAGAAAGGGAUCUUAUCCACUGGUCCUGGACAGAAAUGUCUCUGGCGUAUCUAUCGCAUGAAUGCGAUGCGUAGCUGUCUGUUGCGUUGCUUGCCGAGAGUGCGUCGAUGGUUUCUGUGUCGUGUGGGUGUGUGGGCUGGAUGAGGCAGCCCAGCCCCUUGGCUGCUUCAUGGACAGACACAAACGUCUUGACCUGACGUGAUGCCACCCACGGCACAAAGGCAAUUAAACGAAGCGGAAGAGCAUGUGCACAUACAUUAGGACAGAAGAAGAGGGGUGUGUGUAUGUGUGUAUGUAUGAGGGUGCGUACGAGCUGUUCUCGCUCUAUCUGUUUCCCGGCCUCCACUUCAUAUGUGGGUGACUCCUCCUGCUCUUCCUCGCCUGGCGGUCCGCUCCACCCGCUGCCUCCGGUGUUGAUGACAAUCGACACGUCUCUGUCGGCCGCCACGGUGUCGAUCGCUGCACGAAUGGCUGCAACACCCUUCUCUGCAUACACAGCAUCAUGCAAGCAAGGCCAGCACAGAUGCGGUGAAGUAUCUUUACACGUGUGUCUCUUUGUCUUGUGUGUGUGUGCACCGAGGCUCUCCGGCACGUGUGGGAUGCCAUCGACCACCAGCUCCUUUGUCUUCUUGUCUGCCGUCAGCUUCUUGGCGAUCUCCUCGCGGAUGGCUCGCGCAGCGUCCACACAGUCCAAUACCGAUGGGUGGCUUGGCUCAGCGGCACCCUCCCCGCCUCCUUCUACCUCUGCGGCACCCUCCUCGGCUGUCCGUGCUAUCAUGGAUAUCGACAGGCCUAUCCUUAUUGAAGUGUUCUUCAAGGGAGAUGGCUGAGGCGGCAGAUACGCACAGGAAAACCAUGCAGCUGUCUGUUUGAUGUCUUGUCCUGUCCUUUGGUUGGGUAUCUACCGGUGCUGCAGGCAUGAUAUCGAAGAGGAUGGCUGGCCAGAGAGGCUUCCACUUGGUGAGGCAGUGGUGUGAGGCCCAUCCGCAUGGGAACGCAUCGCUGAACGGUGAUGGCUUGUCGCCCUCCGACGUGUCGUCGGCAUGCCAGUGCAGCCACUGAAGCAACACUGAUAUACACCGUCGGAGACACAGAACAACCCGAUCGGUGCUCGCUGUGUGUUAUCAUGCAGUCAGUACCCACCGUCGAAUGGCUGGGUGAGAUUAAGGGCGUUGGCGGACAUGGCGAGCAGGAUAUCCGUGAGGCGCCACGCCACCUCUUCUCUAUGCUGCAUCCGUGAGUUGACAGCUUAAAUGGCGUACGUACCAGGGGCCACGCAGGCGUCACCCUCUCACCUCACCUGUAUCGCAGCCUCUCUCAAGAAGCCAUCCAGCCUGAUGCCGGCCGCACAUGGCCAUGAUUGACACUAUUCGUGUGUGGCACUUCUCGCCUGCCCAUGGUGUCUUCCACUUCCUUACUUGUUCUCCAUGACGUCAAGACGCAGCACAUCGCAUCCGCCCACAGCAGCGUUCAAGCUCCCAUUCAUGAGCGCCACAACCUCCUCCAUGGAGUAGUCCUCCACCUGUCCCUCACCCCCGGCACCAUCCUCAUUCUCCUUCUCCCCCUGUCCCUCCCCGGCCGCUCUCUCCCUCACUGCCAUGCGACCAACAAGCCCAGAGAAACAUCCCUCCAUGAGAAUGACCACACCCCCACGGACAGAUACCCUGCCGGUGACGUGCAGAUCCCCAGACUCAUGAUUGGCCUGCAACCACAGACGAUAAGUGAACAAUAAACAUGGCAUUGCAUGUCAGUAGUUUUGCUCAGUGCUACUUUACCUGGACAGUGAGGGCGGGGCCGCUAUCUGCAUCCGGGAGCGUGGGGCGCGUGCUUGAGGGAGCAGAAAGGUUGAAGCAGUGCGCAGCGAGGACAGAGAAGGGGUCGGAGGGCAGGCAUGAUGUCGUCAGGAGCUUGUUGAGAGCCGUAUUCAGGCCAUCCUCCACCUACAGACAGACAGGUGACAACACAGGAGGCAUUCAAACAGCUCAAAGCAUGUAUGAGGUAAGCAUUGCUUACCUUGUGCUUUUGCAGAUAGGCUUUGACCUGGGUGGGGAGAUAGUCUUCGUCUUUCACCAUCGCGUGCUCCAAGGGGGA